UCUUUCCUGAUGUUUCUAAAGAUCGACUGCAGGUUUCAGGAAGUCUUGAGGCUUUAACACAGUCUGUGUCUUUAACUGUCUGUCAUCAUUUGGUCAGUAUGGAGCUCAGUCAACUUCCUCUUGUGCUCUUGCUGAUUUCAAACAUCCACUCUGGACAAACUGAAGAAAUACCAAAAGUCAAAGUGAGUAUUAAACCUGAUCAACAUGUAUUCAGAGGAGAGACAGUCACUCUCAGAUGUGACAUUGAUGGUGAAGGAGUCACUAACUGGAAGUACAGCUGGUAUAAAGACGGUUCAGUCAGUGUUUUCAGUGAACUACAGGAACACACAUUCAGUUCUGUUACUGAGUCUGACGCAGGUAAAUACUCCUGUUAUGGAGCAGAGAAAGGAGGAUCACGAACAUCACACAUCAGUGAUGAAGUUACACUGACAGUAUCAGGUGAGUUUGAUCAUCUCUUCAUAAACACACACAAGUUUAACAUGUUAAUGAAAGAUUUCUGUAUUUCAGAUAGACCUGAGGCAGUUUUAAGUGUUUCUCCACAGAAGUGGUUGACUGAAGGAGAUCCAGUGACUCUGAUCUGUGAGGUUAAAGGCUCCUCUACAGGCUGGACAUUCAGCUGGUACACUGUAAAUCUUUCAUCAGACAACAGUCAUCAUUAUGAGCUACUCUCAGACAGCAGCAGAGGAGCUGGAAGAAACUACAUGGUCAGUUAUGUUGAUCAAAUACACACAGGAGUUUAUGUGUGCAGCGCAGAGAGAGGAAAACCAGUCUAUAACACAACCUACAGCAACAAACAGCCACUAUGGGUCACCAGUUUUUCUCCUCCAGUCUCUCUGAUCAUCAGUCCCAGCAGAACUCAACACUUCACAUCUGUCUCUCUCUCUCUGAGCUGUGAGGAACAGAGCAGCUCUGAUAGAUGGACAGUGAGAAGAUACACAGACAGAUGGGGGCUGGAAGAUUGUUUACUAUCACGCUGGGGAUCACAAAAAGGAUCUACGUGUAAAAUCAUGUCCACCGACCCAUCAUACACUGGAGUGUACUGGUGUCAGUCUGAAUCUGGAGAUAGCUAUAACCUUGUCAAUAUCUCUGUGCACAUUGGUGUGAUUUUGGAGAGUCCUGUUCAUCCUGUGACUGAAGGAGAUCCUCUGACUCUACGCUGUUUAUAUCCAUAUAUAAGCCCACCAAUCCUCAGAGCUGAUUUCUAUAAAGAUGGAUCACUCAUCCAGAGUCAAACUCCAGAGAUGAUCAUCUCUAAUGUUUCAAAGUCAAAUGAGGGUUUCUAUUACUGCAAACACCCAGAGAGAGGACAGUCACCCAAGAGCUGGAUCUCAGUCACAGAAGUCUCAAAUGAAUCCUGCUGUAUAUUAUCUCAUUCAGAAUCUCAGAUCUCUGUCCUCCACACACUCAGUUCUGUACUGGCAGUUUGUCCAUAUCUGAUAGUGACAGUCGUGCUGAUCUUCAUGUGCUGCAGGAUGAGAGUUACAUCUGAUGAAGAGGAAGAAACUUCUGUUUGACAUUCUGUUGGGAUGGUGAGAAAUGUCAGCUUCAUCCUGAAUUUCUCUUUAUUCCUCAUUAUCCUAAUCACAAGCUUUUACUUGCCCAGUUUACUUGCUGUAAUGACCACGUAUUGAGAGUGAUAAAUGCAUUUAAAUGCAAGAGUGAAUCCCAUUAGUUAUUGUACUCACUGUGUAAGAAAUACAGAAGUCACUCCGAUUGACAUCUAAACAUUUGCUCUUUCUGUGUAAGCCUGUUUAUAACCACAUCAUUUGUUUAAGCAUGUAUAUUACUUAUUUUAGCCCAAGAUUCCUGACUUAUAUCGCUGCUAAGCUUUGUAGGUUUUUAAAAUGUACCAGUCCAUGUUUCCUUGUUUUAUAUUUAUAUUAUAAUAUAUUAAAUUACAUUACAUUAAAGCAGAUGGUUUGUUAAAUUCUUGGAGUGUGACCUUGUUACUUGAACAGUAAAAGAAAAGGAACAACAGCCUCUUAUUACAAUGUUUUAUCUUUUACAUGCCAAUCUCGAUAUAUUUGUUGACAAGGUUGACAACUGACUUGUGUGGUUUCCAGAGCCAGUGAAUUCACAUGCUUAUUUUUACACAUACUGUUGUUUUGCCUGAUGUGUGAAAAUGCAUGCUAGUGUUGGUGAGAGCUGUCUGUUGUGGAUACAUUGUGGUGUUUUUUUUAAAAACGCAACUGAACAGGAACACAUGGUGUCAAAUACUGAAUAUGUGUUUAAAUAUGUGAAAAUCAAGGAUAGUGUUGAUAGUUCUGAGAAAUCUUCUAGAA